GCGUCUUCUCCGUCUGACAUGCUUCCUAGUGCUCCUCUCUACGAACUUCGAACUCUCGGUUAAAACUAUCCCCGCCCACUUCUCGUAUGCGCAUGCGUGUCACGGUAAUCACAAGAGCAGAUCGACAAGCUAGCGUUUUGUCUGUGGAGCUUUGAGGUGAAAAAGUGCCAGUGUCGCCAUGGUGGAACAGCCAUACGCCACCAUCAGGAGCACCCUGGCCUCGGGGGUGGAGUACGACCAGUACUGGGAAAGGGCGGAGCAAGAGUACCUACAGCACGUCGUCACUCAACUAGAGUCGGAGAGAAAGGAGACGGCCGAAAAGUACAGCAAACGCCGUCGUGAGGUGAUCUGGAUGGAAGUCAUGAACGAACGCAUCGACCAGGGCGGCCACUAUCUCAACUCUUUCACAGUCGCCACCAACAAGAAGAAGGGCUUCUUUUAUUCCUGGCUGUACCUCUACAUGUUCUCAAUCGCCUACGAUGAACUUAUGAAACUAGCAUGAUUAACUCUACACGCCAUUGGCUAAUUUUUAGAUACCACACUUACGUGUGUAUUGUGUAUAUAUACCCCAGUUGUUGGUUUUAUCAACUUUCAAUUGUGCAAUGAUAACAUUUACAUACCUUAUGGAAAUGAGGGUUGGGACAGGUGACACAAAAGGACAGGUUUAAUAUAUAUAAUAGAGACAGGAACACAGGAGUAAAAUAUAUAGUUUGUGCAAAAAUGAGAUAUAAUAAUCAUACAAGUGCAGUUGUCUUGUAAGUCAGUUUUAUUCGGUGUGAGGAGCUCGCGAGGGAUAAUGAUGGGAUCAUGUGCAGGUCACAUGACGUGUGGCAUCAGUUGAAGGUGGUACCGGGAACAUUGGCUCGACGUUGUACGGAGGGGGUGGGCUGGGCAACUGACGAGCAUAGCUAAGCAGCAACUAUAAGAAGGCAGUUAAGUUAGCUAUAUUAUAUCCAUAUUCUCAUUCCGAUAUCACAAGCUGUCCAAUUAAAAACAAUGCAUCUUUGACAUUAUUUUAGUACUUCAAAAAUGACAAACCCAUGUUUAGCCGUAGUCAACAAAAUCGCUAAAGUAUGUACAUAUAAUAUAGUCCUGAUGUUUAAUAUACCUGAUGGAGGAAGAUGUACUGUACUUCAGUCUGAACCAUUCCUCCUCUGUCUUGCCUCAAGGUGGACACAAUCUUCAAAAUGUCGACUUGUCCCUCCUUCUCCAACUGAGUCAUCCCCAUAUCGGCUCCGAUGAACACCCCCGUCCGUCCAAUACCGGCACUGUGUGCGCAGUAUUGAGGGAGAGAGAGAGAGAGGUUACCUUAAUGGAUACGACAACAAUAUGCAUUUCAUCAAGUUUCUGAAUUUAGUUGCUACAGUUCCUCUCUCUUCUUUCACUGAUAUAUAUAUUCACGUGCUUUGUUUAUUGAGUGCAGGAAGUAAAGAUAGAAAGGAAAUGAUGUGAAUCACACACACACACACAAUAAGCCUGAAAGAGAGGCCUUAUAUCACCAGUACCCUACCACUGAGUUCCUGGAAAUUUGCCGGGCCGCUACACAAUGGAAUGUAGAGCAUCCCCCAGUAUAUUACACCAGGUCCACAUGUUUCUCACAAACAAAGUCAAAACAUCAUAAUAAUUAUGCAUACUGUACUCCCUAUCUCCUAUUAGCCAGAUGUAAAUUUAACUGUGGGUUAAAGGCAGCUAGCUCUCACCCAUGAAACAUCGUCUGGGGUAAUAAUAAUAAUAUUGUACUACGUGAUUAGUAGAAGAGAGAACCAAGUGUCCCUCAUAGAGCAGCUACGAUAUUCAUGACGCGCCCACCUGCAGUGGACGAUGAUUGGGGCGGGGAUAUCCUGGGCGUGGCUACGGAUGUGGGAGAGGAACUGGAGGGCGGGCUCCGUGGAGGAAGGUACGCCGUGGUCUGGCCACGCCGUGAACCAGAAAUGAGUCACCUCACGAGAGACCAGUUUCUGCAGACAAACGGCAUUUUACAUAUAUACAGCUUCAGCCGGUUCUUCUAUCAUUAUAAACAAUCGUUACUUCUCAAAAAAGGACAUAUGACG